AUGUUUGACGGAGACGGACUUGCUAAGAUGCUAACGGGUUUAGGAAUUGGUGCCGGCUUGUUUUGGACACAAUUAACUGUUGCGGCAACCAAUAACAAAGAGUUGCCGGAAGUAGGAAAAGUUAUUUCUCUCAGGGCAACAUCGGGAGAAGAGAGUAGCAAUUUUGGCCGUUAUUUUUUUCCGGCUGAUGCUCAGGGCGAAUUCUUCUCCUACUUGAAUACUGAGGAUUACUUUUCGCACUGCACCGAUGACAAAACUUUUUAUCAAUUAUUACUUAUUCAAUGGCAAACUUUUCUUGCCAAAAUUAAACUCAAUCCUACCUUUCAUGGUGAAAAAGCGAGCCGAACCAAGAAAGAAAACCCGCUCUUACUCCUAAAAAGUAAAUGCUGGCAAAAACUAAUCUCCUUAAAAAAAGAAAAUGUAGAGGAUUAUCAAAAAAUUUUGGAAAAGGAAUUAAAGGUUAUCGAAAAACUUAACUAUGCCGAUUAUUUUUUAGUGUUUAGCGAUGUAAAUAAUCAUCUAAAAAAAGAGAGCAUUAUUGUGGGACCGGGACGGGGGAGUGCGGUUUCUUCUUUGAUAACUUACUUACUGGGAAUAACUAAUGUUGACCCGUUGGAGCAUAAGUUAUUUUUUGAAAGAUUUCUCAAUGAAAAGAGGAAGAAUUUACCAGACAUUGAUUUAGAUGUGGAAAAUCAAGAAGAGACCGCCAAAUUAUACAAAUUAGGAGAAAUAAGGCUAAAAGAAAUUACUUCCCUAACUGGCGAAAAUCCUAAUUUUAAAGAUUUAAAAUUGCAACGUUGGCAGACUAGUUAUCCUAAUUUAUUCCAGUUGACCGAUAAAAUCCAAAAUUUAUAUUACGAUACUGGUAUCCAUCCGGCCGGAGUUAUCAUUAGUGAAAGUUCGUUAACUGGUUCGGUGCCCUUGAAGUCAGAAAAAGAUUAUUUAUUGACGCUCUUCGAGGAGGAUAAGUUAGCCGAAUUAGGACUAAAAAAAUAUGACUUUUUGAGUUUGCGGGAAACGCUUGGUUUUAUUCGUGAAGCAAGGGAAAUUCUAAAAGUUAAUUUACCUGAUUACCAGGAAGUGAACCUAACUGACCAGAAAACUUGGAAAUUGUUGGAAAACUUUCUUUUAACGGGUAUUUUUCAAUUGGAUACCCCUUCG